AUGACAAAUCCAAAAGGUUAUCGUCGAGGUACCCGUCAUUUAUUUGCUCGAGAUUUCAAGAAAAAUGGUCGUAUUCCUUUGGCUACCUAUAUGAAAAUUUACAAACGUGGUGACAUUGUCGAUAUUAAAGGCAAUGGUGCUGUGCAAAAAGGUAUGCCACAUCGAUUUUAUCAUGGAAAAACUGGUCGUGUUUUUAAUGUAACUCGACAUGCUGUUGGUAUUAUUGUCAACAAACGUGUUCGUCAUCGUAUCAUUGCUAAACGAAUUAAUGUUCGUAUUGAACAUAUCAAACACUCAAAAUGUCGUGCUGAUUUUCUCAAUCGUGUCAAACUCAAUGAACAAUUGAAACGAGGAGCCAAAGAAUCAGGCAAAAGUGUACCACUUGCUAGUAUUAAACGUCAGCCACAAGGCCCACGUAAACAACAUUUGGUACGAACUCGAGGCAACAAACCACAAAUUGUCGAACCAAUUCCUUAUCAAUUUGUGGCUUAA